UAGGCAAUUUCUGUUCUGCCUUGAAACAGAAGCCACAGCAAUGAAGCUUCGCACCGCAGCAAUCCUGCUCCUCUUCUGGCUUGGUGUCUUCACUGUGCACGUGGACAAGGGGAGCGCUAGCAGUCAGCCUAUGCGCAAAUUCAGUUGUGUAAAACUGUCUACAAAGCAGUGGAACAUCCGAAAUUUUGUGAACUAUGAAAAGCAACAAGUACCAAUAGAUGCCAUCAUGUUCAUCACUGCAGGAGGUAUCAGGGUCUGUGUAAGUCCUAAUCAGAAAUGGGUUCAAGCUGCUAUAAAGAGAAUAGAUGAAAACCAUCUUGCCAAACGCCAAUAAUCCUAGCAUCUAAGGCGAACCAGCUGGAAUCAUCCGCAGUGCUGCAAGUAACAAGGAAAAGCUUUUUAAAAAAGCUUUUAAAACCUUACUAUCUGCUUAUAUUUCCUUGCUUUUUAUAAAUGGCAAUAAACUCUCUGAAACAACACAAACUCACCUCCCACAGAUGUGGAAGAGUGUAGACUUCCAUCCUGAUGGAGAUCAGAUUAUUCUACAUUGAGUGCUGGGUUUUAGAAGGUGCUGUAUAAUCUUGUUAUUCCCCCUCAUAUGAGACAACCCUGAAACAACUGGUUUGCUUGUCCCAUUGCUUUUCUUCAAAUAAGAGCAAACUAUGGCUGGAAUCUGUAUUUCACAAACUCACAGGAACUCCCUGCCCUAGAGAGUUAUGUAUGUAUAAAUGUCUUAUUGUCUUACAACUGAUACAUGCUACUAACAGAAGACUUUGAAUUUUAAUAAACUUACUAUAAACCUUACUAUAA